UCGUCAGUAUAUAAUGAAGGCUCGGGGAUGUCACAGGCGAGUCUCACUGUUCGAAAUCUAGCGAGUGAGCAAGCGAAUCCUCUUUCCCUUUGUCAGAGACUCGGGAGUGGUGGUGGUCGGCGGCCAUGUCGGCGGGCGACAGGAAGAUGGCGUGCGUCACCGGAGGGAACGGGUACAUCGCCUCCGCGCUCAUCAAGAUGCUGCUGGAGAAAGGGUACGCCGUCAAGACGACGGUCAGGAACCCCGAUGACAUGGCCAAGAACUCCCACCUCAAGGAUCUGCAGGCGCUUGGCCCCUUAGAGAUCCUCCGCGCCGACUUGGACGAGGAAGGCAGCUUCGACGAGGCCGUUGCAGGCUGCGACUUCGCCUUCCUCAUCGCCGCUCCGGUGAACCUCCACUCGAAGAAUCCUGAGAAAGAACUGAUCGAGCCUGCUGUCCGAGGAACCCUCAGCGUCAUGAGGUCGUGCGUGAAAGCUAGGACGGUGAAGCGCGUGAUCCUGACCUCAUCGGCGGCCGCAGUCUCCAGCAGGCAGCUGCAAGGCGACGGCCAUGUGCUGGACGAGGAGUCCUGGUCCGACGUCGAGCACCUCACCGCCAACAAGACCGGUCCCUGGGGGUACCCGGUCUCCAAGGUGCUCCUGGAGAAGGAAGCGUGCAUGUUCGCGCAGGAGCACGGCAUCAGCCUGGUCACCGUGUGCCCCGUCCUCACCGUCGGCGCGGCACCGGCAAGAAAGAUCCACACGAGCGUGCCCGCCAGCCUCUCCUUGCUAUCGGGUGAGAUCGAAGCGCCAACUGACCGAAAGAUGCAGCAAGAGCCUUCUCAGCUUCUCACGUUCUCUUUCUGUCACACGACUUGCAUGGUUUCAGGCGACGAGGCAGCGUUCGGCGUGCUGAAAGGCAUCGAGACGUCCACCGGUUGCGUGCCGAUGGCUCACGUCGACGACCUCUGCCGCGCCGAGAUGUUCGUCGCAGAGGAGGAGGCGGCCUCGGGGAGGUACAUCUGCUGCAGCAUCAACGCGGCCAUCGUUGAGCUCGCACGUUUCCUGGCAGACAAGUACCCGCAGUACAGCGUGAAAACAAGUCUGCUCUCCGGCGAGCUCCUCGAGAAGCCGAGAGUCUGCCUGUCGUCCGCGAAGCUGGUCAGAGAAGGGUUCGAGUACAAGUACAAGACGCUGGACGACAUAUACGAUGACGUCGUCGAGUACGGCAAGGCCCUGGGGAUUCUGCCCAACUGACGAGAUGCUCCUCUGCUUUGGAUCGGUGAUCACAAGUCCACCAUGUGGUUGCAAAA